GGAAAAAAAAAUAGAUUCAUGAAUAAAAUAAAAUAUACAGCAUGCCGUAAGUAUUUUGGGGAAAAAAUAAUAUACUUUUAAUAUCGAAUCAAUAAAACAUGUUCCCUGUGAACCCCAAACCCUUCUCCGCCGUAGCCGUAGCCAUGUCAGGGUCACACUCACAGCAAGCCCAACCAAAAUCCCCAAUCCCCACAGAGAAUUACCCAGUCCCACUGUCCCCUCCUCUCCCCCCAAUCUCGAAACAACUGGAGCUGAGCAGGGCCAUGAGCGCCGCUUCAAACUCCAGCCUCUUCUCCCUCUCCCCCGCCGAUAUCCUCUACCACGACGACCACCUCAUCGCAGUCAACAAGCACCCCGGAAUCUACUGCGAGACCCUCCUCUCCUCCCUCGCCUCCCAAUCCCACCAGCUCCACCUCGCUAAUCGACUCGACCGCGACACCACCGGCGUAUUGCUCCUAACAAAGUCCCACAAGGUCGCCGCCAAGCUCGUCAAGGCCUUCACCGAUCACAAGGUUAAGAAAACUUACAUUGCCCUCUGCACUGGUCCUCCUCCAAAUUGGGAACGGGUCACCCUCAGAUCCGGUCACGGUAGGUCCAAGUUCGGCGCCUGGCGAGUCUACGCUGCCUCCGACGUCGGGCGUGCGCUACCGGGCGGCUCGGUUGUCCGCUCCAUGGAGACUUCCUUCGAGUUGUUAUCGGUAAACAGAAAAGGGAACUUCAGGGAAGUCUCUGAUUCAGAAUUCGGGAACGUUGAGGGUGAAAAUGUCUUAGUGGUUGAAGAAAAGGCGGUGAAAGAGGAUGGUAACAACGAGAGCGAGAUAGUGGUGAGAGCGUAUCCUCGGAGUGGAAGAACGCAUCAGAUUCGGUUGCACUGUCAAUACCUAGGGAUUUCUAUAGUGGGAGAUGUGAAAUAUGAGGGUGUGUACGAGUGGAAAGGCACCACUCAUCAUGCACAUCACCUUCACGCAGAAACCUUGUCAUUUGAACAUCCUGUUACUGGUCUUCACGUUAAGCUACGUGCUCCUCUACCACCAUGGGCAACUCACGCGUUUCAGCCUUGAGACUAUACAUGAUGUUUGUAUUUAAUUCAAUCAUUUCUGUCAAAUACUAACACAAUCUACAGUUGCUGUAUUCAGUUUUGGGAGCUCUGCCUCUGUUUUCUAUUUAUCUUUGAUCUUAUCGUGCAUAGUACCAGGGUUAUUGGCCAUAAAUCUUUUUGUAAUGCUUAUAUGUUUACUAAUGGGGAUUUCUAGGUCCUUCAGGAACAGGCUGUUAUUUGAUGGGUGAAAUUGAGUUGAACGAAUGGAAUGAUAUUCAUUUUAUUA